AUGCAGCUCUUCUCAUCAACCAGCACUCUCGCCCUCAUAUCAGCUCUUGCUUUCACACCAAAUAUUCAAGGGCGACUAGUCCAAGCUCCAGCGCGCUCGGACAGUCCCUCAGCUAGGACUAUCUGGCAAGCUUCCUCGACCCCGACCUGGAUUGAGAAUCUCGCCUUUCGACCAUCCAAUGGAGACAUACUGUUCGGUCUUGUCACCGAGCCGAGCCUCUACCAACUCAAGGAUCCAUUGAAUCAAGCUACUGCUAAAUUACUCUAUGAGUUUCCAGACGUGACUUCAGUUCUUGGAAUGUCAGAGAUCGCAGAUGAUAUCUUUGCUGUAGUAGUUGGCAAUUUCACCACCACUACCGUAACAGCUACCGAAGGAUCAUUUUCGUUGUGGAAAGUGGACUUCGCGAAUGGAAAUUGCGGAGACGGGGAAAGGCCUGAAAUAUCCAAAAUCACCAAUAUACCUGAAGCAAUGUUUCUCAAUGGCUUGACGAAGGCUGAAUCCCACCGUCAUCUUAAGCACGAGGGGCAACUCGCCACAGUCCUGAUUGCCGAUUCAGUUCUGGGAGCAGUGUGGAAGGUCAACACAAGCACAGGAGACUAUGAAAUGGGGAUUUCGCUACCUGAAAUGUUACCUCCCACAAAUGCCAGUCUUGACAUAGGCAUCAAUGGAAUUGCGAUUUACGAUAGCUCUCUAUAUUGGACAAACACGGCAUCUGAGAGCAUUUACGCCGUACCCAUCGAUUCUUCGACAUGCUCUAUUUUGCCGAACACAACUGUUCGUACGGUUGCAGAAGAUAUAGGUAUCGCAGUCGAUGAUCUCACCUUUGACUUCAAUAACAAUCUUUAUGUAGCAGGUGGAGACACGGUGGUUGUGUUUUCGGAUGCUGAUGAUCACUCCAAAAGUAAACUGAAACCGAGAACUGUCGUUGGAAGCACGAAAACAAUGACAGUGGCUGGUAGCACAUCUGUGAGAUUCGGAGGCGAUGUGUUGUAUGUCACUACAGAUGGCGGAAUGGCAGCACCUGUUAAUGGGACUAUUGUCGAGGCAGGCAAAAUUGUUGCUCUCCAGUACUUGGAUGUUUGA